UAAACAGUUUUUUUGCAAACAUAGCUUGACAGUCCUCUAGGCGGUCGCGGUCCGAAUUGUUCUCCCCUUUUUCGAUCCUCGGUGGGUGAGACUGCUCUCAAUCAACGAUGCCGAGCAAGAAGAAGAAGUACAACGCUCGUUUCCCGCCGGCACGGAUAAAGAAGAUUAUGCAAACUGAUGAAGAAAUUGGCAAGGUUGCUGCUGCUGUUCCGGUCAUCAUUUCUCGUGCACUUGAGCUUUUCCUGGAGUCCCUCCUGAAGAAGGCUUGUCAGGUCACGCAAUCUCGAAGCGCCAAAACCAUGACUACAUCACACCUGAAGCAGUGUAUAGAGCUUGAGCAGCAGUUUGACUUCCUGAAGGAUCUUGUUGCCACUGUCCCAGAUAUGCAGGGGGAGAAUGAAGACAAUCACACAGAGGGGGAGAGGGUGUCGCGGAGGGGUAGAAAACCAGGAAGUAGCCGAAGGAACGGCGGUACAACUAUGAAAGGAAAGGAUAAAAAGCAAUCGGAGACCGAUUCAGAGCAAGAGGACGAUUCUGAAGAUACUGAAACAGAAGGUGAAGAAGAGAUGUCUCCUGCGCCAGCUGCAACUACCCAAUCACACGCCGCAUUUCAAAGUCCUCCUUCAGCUCCCGCUUUCCAACACUUUCAUUCUGUACCAGUGAUGCCCACAGCACCGUCUGCUCUGCCCACCAUGCCAGCUCCGUUGUUGCCCGCUGGCUACGAAGAGGAGGAGGAUUAUGAUUCGUAGCCUCUGGACAGACCAAUUUAAAUUCCGUUUUCAUUUAUUUGCUUAUUUGGUUUUGUUCUUUUAUUUUGGUUUUUAAAACUAGGCCUAAAGGCUUGGGGUGGGGGUGGGCAGGGUAAAUGUGUUCUUAAAUUUAUUAAAAAAGGAGGUGGAGGAAAUAAA